AUGGACGCGCGCGCGCUCCUCCAAUCGCAAGGAUGGCGCGGAAGCGGCCACUCCCUCCACGCGACAGACGACCGCAUCGGCCUCGCGAAGCCGCUCCUCCUGAACCGCAAAGACAACACAAAAGGUCUGGGCACGAAAGCACACUUCACGAGCGACACGUGGUGGAUGAACGCCUUUGACGAGCAGCUGCAAGGGUUGGAUACCUCGAAACCGGGGCAGGUUACGCAGACGGUGACGGCGGGUCGGCUGAACCAGAUUGAAAAGGUGUCGGGGGGGAAGUGGAUGCUGUAUGCGAGUUUCGUCAAGGGCGGGUUCCUGGAGGGGACGAUUGAGGGGUUGGAGAGGAAGAAGGAGGAGGAGGUGGAGGAGAGGGUUAGGGAGGUUACUGGGGCUGUUGCGCCUCAGAGUUGGGGUACGAGUAUUGAGAACAUGACGACGACGAAAAGAGAGGUGGAUGGGAAGGGGAAGAAGGCGGAGACGAAGGAAGAGAGGAGGGCGAGGAAGGCUGCCAAGGCGGCGAGGAAGACGGCGAGAGAGGCGAGGAGGGUUGAUCGGGCUGCGAAGAAGGUCUUGAAGGAAGAGAAGAGGGCGCGGAGGGAGGUCAAGAAGGUCAAGAGGGAAGCGAGGAAAGCGGAAAAGGCGAAGAAGGGGGUGUCUGGGUGA